GCGUCACUUGUUCGUCCAGGCGUCCACACAGAAGAUACCUCGUUUUCUGCACAAGCAGGACCAUGUUGCACUUGGAUUUUAUAUAGAAAAUACAAAUUUCACCUUAAUAACAUUAUUUGAUUAUUAUUAUUAUUAUUAUUUUAUUUUAUUAUUUUUUUAAAAAGGCGACAGCAGCACAGAGCAGCAGCAGCGUGUGUGGAGCAAGUGGUCCCAGAAAGAUUUCCGUCAUGGGAGCGUAUGGAUGGAGCUCAGCGCGUCUUGGCUUUGUCGUUUGGGGAUUUUUGGCAUUUUUCUGCGGAGAAUUUGUCCCACAGGCUGAAGCAGGCUGCAGGGAGCGAGAGAGCCCAAACUGCUGCACCGGCCGGAACAACGAAUGUUUUGAGUACUCCAGGAGGAAAACAGUGUGUUACUGCGAUACCUACUGUCAGAAAACAAGAGACUGCUGCGAGGACUAUCAGAGCGUUUGCCAAAUAUCUGCAGCCAUUGACUGUGUGGUGAGAUCAUGGGGUCCCUGGUCAUCAUGCACAUCUUCAUGUGGAAUUGGUAGCACGGAAAGGAGUCGCCAAGUAUCUGUUCCCCCUAGAAAUGGAGGUACACCCUGUCCUGAUCUCAAACAACGUCGAGGAUGCUUCGGAAAUAACGCCAUAUGCAGCACCGCGAAAGAAGUCGCAAAAAUCUUGCCUAAUUCUUUCAAGAGGAACUUCAAGGACCCUUGGAGGAGACCACACAUGCUGAUGAAGGAGGAGAAGGCCAGUUACUGUGUGCAUCUGCAAGUGAAACAGGCUAGCGCGGCAUGUAGACUCAAACUGUGGACCGCUCGACUGAUGAGAGAGACUGCUGUCUGUGUAGAGUGUCAAAGUGAUGCCAUGGCAAAGUCAGAUCGCUGUGGAGGCGAUGGUGUAAGGGGCACCAGGACCUUCUGGUCAGCAGCUUCAGUCCCGGGCUGUCACGGUUCCUGGAUUCGACAGUUUUCUUCUGAGCGCUGCCAGUGUCCUGACAACUCUUUCCUCUUUGUUUGAGGCGGCACGCUACUCUCAGCAUCCUGCCAAGUGCAGGAGAGCCCUGCCAGUCAAGCCAGACCCUCCAAUCCAGAUUACUGGAUGGGUAACUCAAGGAUAUUAGCAGCAUCCUGCCACUUUUUUUCUUUCACCUCAUAUUCUGUACUGUAUAAACUCUUAAAGCACACAUAAGUUCUUGCAUUUAACUUCUGUUUUUACAGCCACGUAAUUCUCCUCUAAAGCACAGCAUCUAUUUGCCUUUUUACCUCUGAGUCUUUGCUAUCUACCUCCAUCAAUGCAAGUGCAUUUUCUAAUGCAUAAUGUAUAAAUAUAGAAAUAUAUUAUUUAGCUUUAUACAUUUUCUACUUAUGAUUGGUUUAUGUAAUGUAUAUGUGUCUAUAUAGCUUCAAUAAUUUGUAUCCAACCGUGUAAACAUCAGACAUCUGUCAUUUAUCCCCAAACAGUUCUAAGUCAUCAGUGGUUUUGGAGAUACUAAAACUGAUCAUCAAAGUCAUAUCCAAACUAGGAUCCUUCGCUCAGUAUUUUGAUGUUGUAUCUUUUUUAUCCCAAAAGGCAAAGUUGAAUAUCAGGUACUGAUUCUCAGGUGCUUAGAUUUCAAGUCUCCUUCAUGUCUGCCUCUUCUGGUGGUCAGUCACAGAUGUUUUCAGUAACAUGACUCAUAGCAGAGAUCAAUAACAUCUGUUUAGACUUAAUAUUGCUGGAGAGGAAAAAGAGCCAUAUAAGCGAAUUCACUGUGGUUCUGUCUGUCUUGUGUCCAAGACUUAAAAAAUGCUUCAUGAUUACUCGCCCUGCUCACAGGGGAGUUUUAUCAGAAGAGUAUGAUCCAAGAUAAAUAUCGUGAGCAGCCAACUCCUAUAUUAUUAAUUAACCGAAUCUCCUCCCAGCGCUCCCUACAGUUCCUUUACUUUUUUCAGUUCUGUUUUUGUUGUCUCUGUUGACUCUGUGUUUUCCCUCAAUUAAAUACAGACUAACUACAGCUUUACCUUCUUGAGUUAAAUGACACAGCAUAAAUUCCUGCAUCUCUUUUGCUGUUGGGUUAAGAAGAAGGCAGGUGCAGUCAUGUUAUGGAAACCUGUUACUUUCUCUUUACAUCCCCCAUGUCUGUGUUUGUGUGUUUAUUUAUUAUAAAUCCAUGUGGUAAUUUUAUAAGUGCAGCACAGCAUUUUCUGUACACUGUCCAUGAGUGAAAUAAAGAAAACUAUACCGCCAUAUCUCCCUCUAUUGUAUUUCUAUUGAUGUGUGGAUUUCACUGCAUCAUUGCAUUCAGUUUGCAAAUCCUUGCCAAUGUUUUCCUUUACACACCUUCAACAUAUCUGACUUCUCCCCUGUGCAGUAACUACUAGCAUCAGCAUGACACUGAUAAGUAUAUUCCUGAGUUUACAAGCAGCAUUUCACACCAUUUCAACUCAAACAUGUCCAUUAACAUAUUAUCUGGCAUUCUUGUCAUUUUUGCGUGGGCUGUAAAUGGGAUGAUGACAAGCAAAAUGACAACUAAUGUGUACAAUCAUGUUUUGUUGUUACACUCUACUGAAAUUUGGGGUAUGCUCUUGUCAUGUAAAUUCUGGGAAUUUUGUGUGUGUAUAUAUAUAUAUAUAUACUAUGUGUAAUUAUGUGUACGAAACAUGACAGAUGUGGCAGCUUACGUCAUAUGUAAAAGUAUCUUCAUACUGGUAUUUGGUUUGGUUUUGUGGAUUGCAUAUUCUGAUAGCCAGUUUGCCUCCUCAUUUAGGUGAUAUAUAGACUAGUUAAGUGUAUAUGGAGAAAGAGAUGUUUGAACCUUGAGAUU